CCCUCUUUUCUUCUCACUUUUUUCUCUCUCUCUCUCUCUCUCUCAAUCUCUCUCUAUACCUUACCUUGAAACCCUCACCAAUGACCGAUAGAAACAACGUCGUCGGACAACACCAACGACCACCAAGACCCACCACCAGCGGCGAUGGAGGACCAUUCAUCCGCAGACUCCGUCAACACUCCCUCAACUCGACCCAACUCAUGGGUAUAAUGACUCUUGUAAUCUCCGGCGCCAUCUUGCUCCUCCUCACCGGCGUCACCAUCACUGUUGCCGUCGUCGGAUUCAUCUUCUUUGCACCUCUCAUCAUCCUCACCAGCCCCAUAUGGGUCCCAAUCGGCACUCUCCUCUUCGUAGUCGUCGCUGGCUUCCUCUCGGUUUGCGGGUCUGGUCUGGCCGCCGCCGCCGCCGUGUCGUGGUUGUACAAGUAUUCCAGAGGGUUGCAUCCAGUCGGUUCAGACCGGGUUGACUAUGCGAGGAGCCGGAUUGCUGAUACUGCGAGUCAUAUGAAGGAUUAUGCGAGGGAAUACGGUGGGUACUUUCAGGGUAAGGUGAAGGACGCAGCUCCCGGUGCUUGAAGGUGGUGCAAACCGGUCGGAAACAUGAAGAGCAGUCGGACAGAUGGCUGACCGGAUUGUUCGUCUUUUAUUUCGUAUUUUUACCUGUGUGUGUGUUUUUUUUUUUUUUCUUUGUCUAGUGUUUGAAAAAUCAAAAAUCAUGUGUUGUGUCUGCUAUAACAAUGUGUACCUCCUGCAGUAAGGGUUGUAUAUUUGACAGACUUUUUUAUUUUGUGGUUAACAAGAUGAAAUUUGAUUGGUAACAAA